AUGCAGGCUGUUUCCAUGCGCGUCCAGGCGCCCACUUUCGCGUCCGGCGUCGCCCCCGCCAAGUUCGGCUCCCGCCAGGCUGUGCGCGGUAAGGCCGUCGCGUCCCGCCGUGUCGUGCCGAAGGCCGAGGUGAAGCGCGUGACCCGUGCCGUCGCCACCAAGGCUGAGAUCGCCACUGAGACCGCCACCGAAGUCAACGACAACACCGACAAUGUCCUCGGCAUCAUCCUCGGCGGUGGUGCGGGCACCCGCCUGUAUCCUCUCACCAAGACCCGCGCCAAGCCCGCGGUUCCCCUUGGCGCCAACUACAGGCUCAUCGACCUCCCCGUGUCCAACUGCAUCAACUCCGACAUCAACAAGAUGUACUGCCUCACGCAGUUCAACUCCGCCUCUCUCAACCGACACCUUUCUCAGGCGUACAACAACAACGUCGGCUCCUACAACCGCCAGGGUUUCGUCGAGGUGCUCGCCGCGCAGCAGUCGCCCAAGAACAAGGACUGGUUCCAGGGCACCGCGGAUGCUGUGCGCCAGUACAUCUGGCUCUUCAACGAGUCCAAGUGCGACGAGUACAUCAUCCUUUCCGGUGAUCACCUCUACCGCAUGGACUACAAGCCCUUCAUCCUCAAGCAUCGCCAGACCAAGGCUGACAUCACCGUCUCCGCCGUGCCCAUGGAUGAGGAGCGCGCCGCGGCGUUCGGCCUCAUGAAGAUUGAUGACACCGGCAAGAUCAUCGACUUCGCCGAGAAGCCCACGGGUGACGCCCUCAAGGCGAUGAUGGUGGACACCACCAUCCUCGGCCUCGAUGCCGAACGCGCCAAGGAGAUGCCUUACAUCGCGUCCAUGGGAAUCUACGUCUUCAACGCCAGGGCCAUGGAGAAGCUGCUUAUGGAGGACUUCCCCACGUGCCACGACUUCGGCGGUGAGAUCAUCCCCAACGCCAAGGACCUCGGCAUGCACGUUCAGGCAUUCCUCUACGAUGGCUACUGGGAGGAUAUCGGUACCAUCAAGGCAUUCUUCGACGCUAACCUCGCGUGCAACGACCCCGAGAAGGCCAAGUUCAGCUUCUACCAGACUGGUGCCCCCAUCUACACCCAGUCUCGCUUCCUCCCCCCCAGCAAGCUUCUUGAUGCCGAGGUCUCCAAGUGCACCAUCGGCGACGGCUGCUUCAUCAAGAAGAGCAAGCUCACCAACGCGAUGAUCGGUCUCCGCACCAACAUCCAGGAGGACUGCGUCAUCGAAGACGUCAUGAUCAUGGGUGCUGACUACUACGAGGAGACCCACGAGUGUGAGGACCUCCCCGGCUGCACCCCCAUUGGCAUCGGCGCCGGCACCACCAUCAAGAGGGCCAUCAUCGACAAGAACGCCCGCAUCGGCAUGGACUGCCAGAUCAUCAACAAGGACAACGUGCAGGAGGCGAACCACGAGGACAAGGGUUACAUCAUCAAGGAUGGGAUUGUUGUCAUCUGCAAGGAUGCCAUCAUCCCCAACGGCACCGUGAUCUAAACUUGUUCAAUCCCUGGACACGAUUAUUUGUAUGACACGAUAGUUUGGAACCAUCUCGCGGUUUCGUGAUGAUGGUGUAGCACAUAGCUGGAAGUAUUGUAACGCGCGGAACAUUAAGGAA